UCUCCGUUCUGUAGUCUAAGAAACACUCCCCAUCUCUCUUUCCUCGAAACAGGAUCCAAACUUCAAGACUCUGCUACUUUAGUUUAAACAUGGAGACAACGAAGGCUAGAUCCAGUAGGACGAAACGCAAAAUAGAACCUGUACCGUACGUCAAGAGGAAGCAACGAUCCAAGCUUCCUCGCAGAGUUCGCUCUCGUUUCUCUCCGGUUCUGCGCUCUUCCUUGAAUGCCAUUGAUUCUAGCAAGAUAAAAUGCUUCUCCGUCAUUUCGGUGGAUUCCACUUCCUGCUCGUACUUUGGCGGCGAAGUUUCGUGCGAUUCGAACUCGGUUUCAGGCCAAAAGUUAAAAGAAAUCAGAGGAAAUGAGAAGGUUGAAUAUGCACCGUUCCGGAGAAUCACGAGAUCGUAUCUGAAGAAUAAGGAGAUUGAGAGGAGAGGAGCUGAAGUGGAAUUGAGUGAAUCGUCUGUUGUGGAGUCCAAUUGUGAAGUUAACUGUGCAGUUUUUGGAGAGCAUAGUUCGAAGUUUGAGGCCAGAAAUGGAAAUUUGAAGAGCACUGAAGUAAGCGAACGUUCAAAUGCUGUUACGCAAUCAGAGAUUUCCUGUGUCUUGCAAGUUUCUGGCGCCUUUAGAGAUACAUUGUCGGAGAUUAAGAAAGACAAUGAUUCCUCGAGCCACAAAACGGUGGAGCGGAGGCCACAGAGCUACGGAUCGGAAUAUGACCUUGCCUGUGCGGAGCUUUUAUCGCAAGAAUACAGCUCCAAAAGUACUUCGAGCUACGUAUCGGUGUUUUCCGAGCUUCAAUCAGAUGUUUUCCCGGAAAAUUCAGAUUUCGAUUUCUCCGAUUACAGUCCCUCAAUUUUCCUCGACUCCGGUAGCGAAUUUUCUGUCAGCGAUUCAGCUCCUUCGAUUACUUACAAUCUCUUCAUUGAGUACAGUAAACAAUUCACGCGAUCAAUCACUCCUCUGGACACCAAAAAAUCAACCGCUCCUCUUGAUCAAUCCACGUACGGAAAGUUCGAAGACGAGGGAGACGAAGAGAGCUACAAAUUUUUAUGGGGAAGAGAGAGAAGGCAGGUGUUUUUACACGACUACACUGACGAGUACCGCUCCUCGACGGAAUACGGGGAUCUCAUCCUACAGCAACGGGCACAGAUGAUCCAUUGGAUCGUUGAGCAAUCUACAGCGAAGGAGUAUCAGCCGGAGACGAUGUUCCUUGGAGUUAGCCUACUUGACCGGUUCCUAAGUAAAGGGUUUUUCAGAAACAAGAGGAGCCUUCAGGUAGUUGGAAUAGCUUGUCUAACACUGGCCGCCAGAAUUGAGGAGAAUCAACCCCACAACAGUGACGGAAAUCCUGCCAUGUGCAGUGUUCGGCAAAAGAAUUUCUAUAUAGAAAGGACUGUAUACAGUAGAUCUGAAGUUGUUGCAAUGGAGUGGCUUGUGCAGGAGGUCCUCAGCUUCCAGUGUUUCUUGCCUACCAUUUAUAACUUCCUCUGGUUCUAUCUGAAAGCUGCUAGAGCUGAUGCAGAGGUGGAGAAGAGGGCAAAGUAUCUGGCAGUUCUUGCACUUCCAGACCAUGAGCAGCUAAACUACUGGCCUUCCACAAUUGCAGCUGCGCUUACCAUUCUUGCUUCCUUAGAAAGCAACCAUGAUGCAUCCAGCGAAAGAGUCAUUGAGAUUCAUCUUAGAACAAAAGAUAACGAUUUACCUGACUGCAUGAAGAGCCUGGAGUGGCUGGUUCAAUAUGUAUGCUAGCAUACUAGCAGCAAAGGAGCACCAAAUCAGAUAUUUUCGUGUCACUCAUCACAACACAGUUGAAGCAUAGAAGGAGAUCCUAGUAAAAUUAAACUUGUACCAGGUAACACAGACAUGAUUCUUUUCCCAACUUGAUGACAUAGCAAUCUUUUCAACUUGAAGACAUAAUACUACUGUCACUAAGGAAAUCUUUUGAAUACUUUUCCAGUAUCUAGAAUAUUGGAUCGAUGUAAUCAGAUUGAUUUUUGCUACUAUACAAUCAAUUACAGGACCA